CCCAUCCCAUUUAGCGCGCGUGCGCGAGUGACUUUUUCUUUCCUGCGGGAAACCUCUCGCCCUCCCCGCCGCUUCCUCCUCCUCGGGCAUGGCGCUCUGCAUUAAGAUGGCUUGCACCCCCGCCGCCCUGAUUCAUUCUGGCUCCAGGCUGCUGUACCUUCCGGUCUGUGCGUCAUUCCAGUCGAGAUUGGAGUCUCAUCCCCAUCGGCUCCAGCCCCAGCCCCAUGUGACCCUACGGCCAUUCCAGACCAGCGUCCUGACCUGUGACAUCGACACUGCAGCAAAGUUCAUCGGUGCUGGAGCGGCCACAGUGGGAGUAGCGGGAUCAGGAGCCGGAAUUGGCACUGUCUUUGGCAGCCUUAUCAUUGGAUAUGCCAGGAACCCUUCCCUGAAGCAGCAGCUGUUCUCCUAUACCAUUCUGGGCUUCGCUCUCUCCGAGGCAAUGGGACUCUUCUGCCUAAUGGUAGCGUUCCUCAUUUUGUUUGCCAUGUGAGUGACAGAUUAUUCAGAGUCCAGCCUGAUCGUCCAUGGGGACGCCUCUCUCCCCUACCUGCCUGUAAUCUCGGAUGGCGUGCUUGGUUUUGGAACGUGGGUGAAAGAUCGAAAAGAAAAGUAAAUCAAUAAAUGUUCCUUUUGAGUAA